CCACACUGUUUGGGAAAUGUCAGCAAUGAUCUCGACGUGUUAGAUCUAUGAUGGAAUGGCUUCCAUGUGGCUAUCCCAACAACAUUUGCAAAUGGAAGUAAUUUGAGGAGUCUCAAUUUAAAUGAAAAUCAUUUGGAAGGACCAGUGCCUCAAUAUUUGGCCAAUUACAAAAGCAUGGAUGUUCUAGAUCUUGGAAACAACGAUCUAUAUGGUGCAUUCCCUCACUGGCUCGAGUCUCUUUCAGAGUUGCAAGUGCUUGUCUUGAAAUCAAACAGAUUUCAUGGGCCUAUAGGCACUUCUGGAACUAAAGCUCCUUUCCCUAAGCUUCGAAUUUUCGACAUUUCUCAAAAUAACUUUACUGGGCUUCUACCGGAACGAUAUUUCCUCAAUUUUAAAGCCAUGAUGAAUUUGUAUAAAACGAUUAGCUCACUGCAAUACAUGGAAGACAACUCCGGUAAUCGAUAUUCUGUAGAGUUGGUCCUGAAGGGGUCAACUGAACUUAUAUAUAUCCUCACCGUCUUCACAACAAUUGACUUCUCGUACAACAAUUUCAAAGGAGAGAUUCCAAAUGGCAUUGGAAAGCUACAAGGACUUCGGUUUCCGAAUCUAUCUCAAAAUAGUCUUUCCGGUCAUCUUCCAUCAUUGUUAGAAAACAUUACAAUGUUGGAAUCGUUAGACCUCUCUUCAAACCAGCUCACCGGGGAGAUUCCAAGGGAACUCACAAGUCUGACAUUUCUUGCGGUCUUAAACCUUUCGGAAAAUCAUCUAGUUGGUUUCAUACCUCAAGGAAAACAGUUUAAUACAUUUGAGAAUAACUCUUAUGUUGGGAAUUUGGGAUUGUGUGAAUUACCGUUGUCAAAGAAAUGUUGAGAUAGUAAGGGACAACCACAUACACCACAACUGAUAUCCCAAGAUGAUGACGACGACAAUUUGAGUGGAUUUACUUGGAGGAUCGUGCUGAUGGGGUAUGGAUUCGGAUUGAUAAUAGGAGUGACCAUGGGAUUUGUUAUGUUCUUGACUGGAAGACCUAGAUGGUUUACGAGAAUAGUUGGAGGAGAACCACGCCGGAAGGUGGUAAGAGUAAGCCAGAUCGGUUGGAGGAGAAGUCAUCGAAGUUAGAUGCAGUUUUCUGGAACAAUAAGUGGGAUGGCUACAACGAGAACUUCAAUAAUGUCUCUCGCCCCAUAGAACACAUGUUUCAACUCUUUUAUGGCCAACUCUAGUGAGGUUGUUUUCUCUACCCUGUUCUGGCCCAAUUGUAAUUCAACUUUUGGGAUUGUGUCUCUGUCAUUUUUGUUGAAAAAAAUAAAUAGUACAUGUAAUUUAGGAUCUGAACAAAUUUGAACCUUAAUAAAUUUCGACUUUGGAAAAUGAUAGAAUGAAAUAACGCCAAUAGAAUUUUCAGUAAUCCUAC